UUGCGCGCCGAACGUCGAACCGAAUACAUGGGGGUGUUAUACGUUUUUUCUCAUUAAAUUCUUGUACGAAAUAACGUUAUAUUUCACGUGCUGAUCAUCGAAACACAUCAUCGUUGGGAAAAUUCGUUAGUGAUUAUCAUUAAAAAAGUGACGUUCGAUAUUAUCGACCAUUUUAGUGCAGUGUCAUAACGAAAGUUCUACUUUUUUUUCGCGUACUUUUUUCCGUAAACUCGCUUCGAUUCGAUUGUCGUCGAUGAUCGUGCACAACGAAAAGGAAAACCUUCUUCAAUUACGUGAUCUAUCUUUGUUACUACGCACAAUUGACAGCAUGCAUUUGAGUGAUGAUGGAUAGCAUUUCUCCGGUAAAUGCAUACCAGUGAAACGUUCUAUUCGCGAGACCACGUGAUCAGUGUUGGGAGGUUAUGUAAACGACGCAUUUACAAAGCAGCGAUAUUAUAUUCUAUCAGACAUCGAUAUUUGUGCAUUGCGUAUAACCACGUUGUUGAUUGGCUGUAAUUUCGAUAUCUCGAAUAAUCGAUGAGAAUAAUUGCCUAUACAUAUAACGCCUGAUCUGUUUUCGCGCUCGAUCGAUAGUAAUUAAUCGAUAUUAGUACGUUAAACGGUCAAUGUGCCGAAAACGUUUCAAAUUUAGUUUAAUAUGCGCAACACGGAGAAACGGACCGGUUCAAUGGCGUCGAUUUGACUUCGUGAAAUUCGUGAUUGUCCUUCGAAGCAUAAAGUCCUCGUGUUCACAUGCCACACCUGUGUUUUUACUUUUUUUCGAAAGUGUUUCACGUUUAAUCUACGCUCUUCGAUGAACAAGAGGGUAUGAUGUGUUAAUGUUUGUGUCGCGUCGACUUAAAGCUUGUGUGUACUGUGUGUGCCAGAUGUCAAGACGAUAAUUGGUGCUGUCUUAAGGACGAGUGAUUCAUGUCACCAUGCUGACGAUUGUUUUCCUGCUCGUUCUGGGCCAACUGGUGGUACAGGCGGACUAUUUCGAGAAUAUUUCAAAAGAGGAAUAAUGUAUAAACGACGCGGUAACAGAGAAUAUUCGGGACGAAGAAUAAUGUAAAAGCAUCAUCAAUUAGUGCACAUCGUUCAGUGAAUCGUUCUCACUUCCACAGCCGACGAAUCGACGAGGAGAGGGUGGUGUUUGACGGGCGUUUUCAGAGGCAAAGGGAUAGAAAGGAAAACGAAUGGGGGAAAUAUUAACCCGGCAAAGGCGAAAGUCUCCUUGGCUGAUUUGACAUUUCCGUGUGCGUGUGUGCUCGCCGAGGUCCGUGUUUUCAUCGCUUCGAAACGGAAGCUUCGGGAAGAAGAGAAAUGGGAAUAUUGGGAAAAUUGCUUUCGUCGGUGUCCCUGGUGUCCAUCUGGUGUCUGCUGAUCGUCGAGCCCGGCAAGGUUCAGAGGGAACAGGAUCAUCUGGCCUUGUUAUUAGGUACUUUGAAGACCUAUCAGCGAGCAGCCUGCGACGAAGAGUCGAUGACGCUCAAGUGUCCACUAGGUACCACCAUCUCCAUCGUUCUGGCUCAAUAUGGAAGAGCGGGACCAAAUGGUACCGACAGAUGCAAUACCUAUUCAGAACCAUCGAUGUAUCUCGGGGACAGACAAACGAAUCAGACUUGCAUCUGGCCGCAGUCGCUGCAGUACUCACUGUUGCAGACGGUGGUGGAAGUAUGUCACAAGAAGAGGCAGUGCAAGUUCAACACCAGUCCGAAAACCUUUCAGGGCGAUCCGUGUCCUGGAUUGCCGAAAUACAUCGAGGUCGCCUAUCAAUGCCGUCCUUAUGAGUUCAGAAGUAAAGUUGCCUGUGAGAAUGAUGUCAUCAAUCUUGUCUGCCAUCCAGGACAGAGGGUUGCCAUUUUCAGUGCAUCGUUCGGUAGAACGGAGUACGAAUCCCUUCAAUGUCCACAACCCCACGACGUAAAGGAGGAAACUUGCAUGGCAUCGUACGCGACAGAAACUGUGAUGAAUUUGUGCCAUGGAAAACGACGCUGUUCGGUGGUCGCAAACAGUUCGACAUUCGGUGAACCAUGUAGCCCGGAAAGCAGAACGUAUUUGAAAGUUGUUUACACGUGUGUACCAAGGGCGGUUCUGAAAGAACAAUACCAAGGGGACGUGGAAGUGGACGAAGUGGAUCUGAUGCAUCAGUUCGAGGAAGGGUUCGACAGAGCUGACUUCAGAGCUGAGUUCAGCCCUAGUCCUAACCUUGAAGGACCACAAUCACAGCCGAGGGACAACGUGUCUCGAAAUUUCCCCACGGUCAGCUCAUCUCCACCCAGGGCAAGAACCAACAAUGAUGUGGAUACACGAUCGAACAAGUUUAAGUCUGUCGGUGUAGGAGCGAAAGAGUCGCCCCUAACACCCACGGUUAUUCAAGGGAUGAUUAUGUUCGACAACAACGUGGCCGAUAUUACCAGCAGUACGAUGUCACCGAUUAAUUGCACCACGGUAGUCUACGCCUUUCCCGAAGAGGAUCGUGUCGUUGUCGGAUAUAUCAAUGAAUGGAUCAAUGCCUAUUCGUUCAUAUCGAAAAAUCAAGAGAAAUUCUACCUUUAUAUCAUCGUGUCGGUCACAGCCGGUAUUUUAAUCUUCCUGGGCUUGGUAAUUGGACGUCUUUUAGUCAGCCGUCAUCGUGCGAAGAGAGACGCAAAGUUCCAUGCAAAUAACGAAGCGCUUCCAAAUGGAUUCACCGAUGACAUUUCAGAAAUUGACGCUGAUAUUGAUCUUACCACGCCAGUACCAGUUCCGAUGCAAGACACAAGGCUUCCAGAGACCCAGCUGGCCGAGAGGCUCCACGGCGAUCGUUACUACGCGGAAACAAGGAUACCUAUGUCGCCCACCACGAUGCAUCCAGCGCCAGGGCAUUACCCUGGCAACACAGGUGUCAGGGUGGACCUGGGCAACCAUAUGGUAGGCACGGACAGCCUUCACACGAUUCUACGCCCAGAAAAUCCACGGAGUUUGAGCACGAAGAGCUAUUACUAUGGCUGACAGGAGGAAGGGGGGGUUAUCCCGCGCGAGGGGCGGCCCCCGUCCUUGAGCCCGGUACCGGAAGUGAGCACGCGGAAGUACUGCUUUUAAUCGAAAGACCGAUUUUCUAACGGCGUGCGAAGCCGCUGUAAAAGACAAAACGUUCGAUAUCAACGGGCGAUACUCGUUGUCGAUCGAAAUCGUUGUUUCCUCGAGCGAAAGUCAAGAGAUCUUCGUCCUGGUACCGGAAAUAAGUAUGUGAAGGUGACGCAUUUUUUUUUAUUUCUUAUUUUUACUUUUCUUUCAACUCUUGGAAUUCUCGAGCAAAAAAUUCGAUGAAAAAUUCGAUUUCACACGAGAGAGAAACAGAAGGAGAAGGAGGGGAAGAGAGAGAGAGAAUCCUGCUACGAUUUUGUUCCCUGAAAUUAUUUCAAUUGGAAAUUUUCGAGAGGAAUAUUCGUGGUCGUAUGCUUUCACUGCAGGAAGCGAUGUAUUUGAUCCCUAUAAAUCAAUAGCACGAAACGAGUGGAAAUUUAGUUGGAACCCGAGCGUUGGAAGUGGACAAACUUGUUAUCUCUCGCUGUGAAAUCGUUUCACGCGUGCCUGUACCCGACACCGGAAGCGAAUAAGAGCUCGGCCAACGAGGCGGGAAAUCUAACGAGAGCGUUGUAAAUACAUCGUCGAGAGUUUCGAGCUAUUUCUAUAGAAAUUCUGAGAAAUAUCUCGAAAAUACUCCGAUUGAACAGAGAUAUUAAAAGAACUUCUAUUGUUUGUUGAAGAUGAUGUUAUUGAAGAUAGUAUUGUUUUUUCAUAAGAAACUGCGAUUAUAUAAGGCUGGAUAAUCGAAAGUAUAAAUACGUUGAAUGUAAACGAAAAUAAGAAAGUUUAUGGAGGCAGUGUUCGUUCUUGCGACCAAUAUCGGAAAUAAAUAUCUACGACAUCGUCGAAGAUGUGUAAGAUGAUUAAUUGAUUGUAAUUAUAUUUUAAUAUUUGAACGAUAGAAUUUAUUGGAAAAGUGUUAUGAAAUAUGAAGGAUAAAGAAUGAAAUAAUAAUCGAUAUUAGAAAUAAAAAGAGAAUUCUUGUUAAUUAUUAAAUUUUGAUAUGUUUGAUUUUUCUACUAUAUCAUUGAUAUAGUAGAUUUUUCGACGAUUAGAAAUCUUAAUAAUUAAAAUUUAAGUUGAUUUAUUUAAAAAUUUAUGUAAAAAAAAGAUGUGAUUUGUAAAAUUAAAAAUAUAUAACAGUUUUGUAUAUGUCAGUCAACUUUUAUAUAUGAAUUCAAAAAUAUAUUGGAAGAACGAGAUUGAAAUAUAAAAAUUGAAUGAAAUGAAAAGAAAGUAUCACUGCCUAUCAAACAGUAGCAACAAUAACAAUAAAUAUCUGCGAGAAAAGCGGAUCGAUAUCCUAUAUAUACAUACAAUAAUUUAUUGUGAAAAAUCACUUUUUUCCAACGAAAAUCACGCACACAUUUCUUUAAAAAGAAAAAAAAAAGAGAGAGAAAAUAAUACAUAUCUGCACAAACAAAUUGUGUACAGCAAUAAAUAAUCGUAACUCUUUCCAUUUAAAAGAUUAUUUUUCAUCGAAAGAUCGAGAAGACUGUUUAAAAAAAAAUCUAUCACUGCCUAGUCGAUGAGAAAAAGACAUACGGGUCUUUUGUUACGAACCAAAUUUUCUUAAAUUUUCCUCAAAUCGAGCUAUAUCAUUGAUACUGUGAUGCUUGUUCACACACUACAGAAACAAAUAAUAAUAAUGUGGUUUCCUUGAUAAUAAUUUUUCUAAUAUAAAUUUUCAAUAUUUUUCUUAUUGAAAAAAAGUAUUUGUGGCUCGAAAUAUAAUUUAUAUUUAAAUAUUUUAUAAAUAUAAUUUAAACAUGCAUACAAAUAUAUUCUUCAAUUUUAACUUGAAUUAAAAUAAUUGAUAACGUUUAUGAAAUAAUUGUUUAAAAUAGAAUAACUGAAAAAAUGAUAUUCUGAAUUUUCUAUUAAAUAUAAAUCUAAAAUUUAAAAGUAAUUGAGCUACACAUAUUAUUAAUCAGGCAUUAAUUGGUAAUAUUAUUCAAAUUUCUCUCGAUUAAAAGUCAUUGUUAAUUAGAACCAGAACAAACAGUCACCGAUUGAAACGAUCAAUAUUGCAUUCGAUGGACGAACGAAAACGACACGAUCGAACGAGACGAAUCGACGAUCGAUCGAUCUUCCUAAAAUCUAAUCUGAAAAAUCUCUAACUAUAAAAAAAUAUACCAAAAAAAAAAAAAACAAAAAAAUAAAUAAACACAUAAAAAGACAAAAAAGAAACAAAAGCAAUGAAUCGAAUGCCUAAUUUCAAUUGAAAUUGGUAUUCGUUAUGGUGGUUUAACCAUAUUAGCCUUAAGAAAACAGGAAAUCGAUCGAUCUCUACGAAAUUACAGCGGUUUUGUGUAUCGAAUACACGCAACCAAAAAAGAAAUAGGAAAAAAACACAAAUGAAAUAAAAAUGCACCGCGAAACAACUUUUAUAGAGAAAUGAUCUGUAUGUAUAUCACGCUGUAAAUACGAACAAUGUAAUUUACUGUAAUUGUUAAGGGAAUUCAAUUAAAGAGGAAGAAAGUGUAUGUAUGCGAGAGAGCGUUGUAUCUAGAUCGAGAGUCUAAUCGAAGGAAGUAGUCGAGAAAAUUAUUCUCUGUGCCAUUGAGUUGAAUUUCACGAUAGAGGAUCUAAAUCUUCUGUGGUGGUUCACGUGAUUGAUUGUGAUUGAUGGUAAUGGAAGAGAAUCUAGUUAGGAUCUUUAAAUACUUUGUUAAAUUAUAAAAUUAUAAAUGAAAUUAAAUUUUUUUUCUAUUUCAAGAUUUGGAAUAUA